AUGAACUUGAAACAUUCGUAUUCCAACAAUACGGAUAAGAUAGUUGACGAAGAAGAAGAAGAAGAGGAACAAGAAGAAGAAGAAGAGGAACAAGAACAAGAGGAACGAGAAGAAGAGGAACAGGAAGAAGAGGAACAAGAACAAGAGGAACGAGAAGAAGAGGAACAAGAAGAAGAGGAACAAGAAGAGAAAGAAACUGUUCAGCUUCAACCGUUAGUAUUGUUAAAAAAUUCGGCAAACAGUACAACUAAAAAGUAUACAAAGUUGAAUACUGAUCGUCACUCUUUAGCAAGGAACUCUCAUACACCAAUAGUAACAUUGAGAAAACCUGCAUUAAAGGAUUCAACUGCAUUGGAAAAUUUUUCUUUUUGCUUGCCAAAUCUGAACAAUAGGAGGCUAAUAAAGCAACGAAAAAUUUCUCUUAGCAUUGACAAAAGGCAAGUACCCCGUGGGCAACUCCGCAAUAAAAAACAACAUUCGAUGUUGACAAGUUCUGGAGUUGUUUUGUCACCAGUGACUGAAUCUCGUGAAGACUCGGUUAGUCAAAACGGCAGUUUUGUCACUGCGAGUACAUCUACACUGAAAUACAAAAAAAUCAACUCCCCAAUGACAAAUGAUUUCUUCACUCAUGAUUUAGUUAGUGACUGUAAGUUUCAGUACCAGCAACAUAUCAUAGAGUUUCUCAACUAUGUAAUUGACAAAUUUAAGCAGUUGGACAAUUUCAUUGAAGUCAAUGGCCUACUAUGGAACGAUUCACCAGAAAGAGGGUUGGUGCUUUACAACUUAAUCAAAAUCAAUAAAGGUUAUAAGAAAAUGAUCUUGAGUAUAUUAACACGAUUGAGUAAACAUUCUGGAAUAGUUGUAUUUUCAGACUCGAAACAACAAGAACAACCACAGGAGAACUCCGAAAUUGAUUUAAUCAGCUGUAAUAUCUUUCAGUUUGUUUACAAUUGCUCUAUUGAAGAGAUCAAUAUUGGUAAUUUAGUCAAUACCUCAUUAUUUUCAAAUGAGUUUAAGUUUAACUUGUUGAGCUACUACUAUAAGCUUAAUUUUCUAUUAAGCAAGCAAGUGAAUGAUUCCAAAUGGUUAGUUAUUCCUAUGGAGAUUUGGUACAAAUUGCCAUCAUUUAUCAAGCAAAUUAAGGAUCAUUUAUCUAAAUUGAAUAGGGAAAGCUGUCAAGAUUUAGAGAUUUGUUUAGUCAAGCUAAACUCAAUUACCUUGAAAUAUCCUAUUAUCGACGAUUUAAAGAGAAGUAAUGGAAUUGCAAAAUGGAAGGAUUUGAAUAAGAUUGAUGCAUUAUUAGAGGCUAAAUUCCCCGCAUAUUGCGACAAGCUGUAUAAAGUGUUCAACAAGUAUUACAAUCAGCAACUAUUAGCUGAUUAUGAGAAUAGGCCAUUGAGUUCCUCACUAGAUAAUGGUAUAACUCACGUAAAGCAAGUGAUGAGCCAAAAAACAGCAGUGGCAAUCCCUCCUAGUGACUCUACACAGACGUUGCAACCUCCAAACAAGCCAGCAGCAGCAGCAGCAUCAUCAACAAUAUUAUCACCAUCAUCAUCAAAAACGGCGUCACUAAAGAAAUCAAUAAGCAAAAUAAUUACUCGAAGCUUAUCUACAAAUGACGCAGAAAGAAACCGGUUGCUGAAUGAUCCAAUCAAGGAAGUUUUUUCACCAAGUGAUGAGUCUCAAAAUGGGAAAGAUACUAGUAUAGAGGUAUUGCCUCAACGACACCAAUCAUUACAAGAACAACAUUUCCGCAAGGAGAAACAAUCCAUCAAAACACCUGAAAAGGAAGCCUUCUAUACGGAUCUUAAUGAGAGACCCUUACCGAAACUCCCUCAUGCAUCAACUCAGCGACCUUCUCAAUACUAUAAAGAUUAUUACCCGCAAAACCAGAACCAGAACCAAAGUCAGAGCCAGAGCCAGAGCCAUAGUCGUAACCUGAGUAUCACAGUGCAGCCAAUAAUGAAGCCCACAAUUGAACGACAUAGAACUGUGAAUAGUAAAUCUGGAUCUUCACAUAAACACAAGAAACGUGUAGAUAAUUCACAAAUUCAAUACCAAUUGAACUGUUUGACACAGUUUAGAAAGAAAUUGUUUCUAAUUGGACCUCAAUUGAUUGAGUUUUUGACUCUACAGUUGCAUUAUUGUGAAGCAUGGCAGAGAUUUCUUGACGAUGAUUAUGACGAUGGUGAUGACAAUUUUAAUGUUGAUGUUAAUGCUGUUGAUGAUGUUGGUGCUGUUGAUGAUGUUAAUGAUGUUAAUGAUGAUGAUGUUGUUGUUGUUGAUGAUAAUGAUGUUGAUGUUGAACUGGAAGGAAAAGAGGAGGAGACGGUGAUGGGAAAAGAGAAGAGUAAGAGGAAGAGUGGCACGCAAAACGAAGUAGAGGCAAAACUAGAGAACAAACAGGAAGGGCACCAACGACAUAGUAACAAAAAGGGCAAGUCUACUGCAUCAAUUCAUUCGCUAGAAAAUAAAUCCGAGAAUAAUAGGAAUGUAUUCAUCACGAGGAAUAUAGCACAUAGGACCAAGGUUAAUGAAAAAAACCCAUAUAUAAAGUCAAUAUAUCAACUGUUUAAUGAGAAACUACGCCAUCAAAUAGAAUUCACCAAAUCGACAAUCAUCUUACAUAUUGCAGAUAGGCUUAUUAUUCCUAUCGACGAGUGUUUAAAACUUUGUCAACUUGGUAAGGGCAAUUUACAAAAUGUCAAUAAGUUUAUGGAGUUGAUUGUCAAGCAGUAUAAUAAGCUAUAUUGUGAUUGGCUUGAAGGAAUGAUUGGUCCCAAGUCUAUUAUGGAGUAUCAAGAGUUGUGUAAUCGCAUAAAUGCUUUGCAGCAUGGGAAUACCAGUGAAAAUGGUGCUAAUAUUAGUGGUAAAAAUAGGAAUAGUAAGAAAUAUGGUGUCAGACUUGGUGAUGAUAUAAUUAAAUAUUAUGAUCAAUUGACCAAAUUAAAAAGUUUAUCAGCCUAA